AGAAGCCAUAGUCUUGCCGGCCGCGCGGAAGGGGCCAUUCAUCCCGGGCUCGGUCCUGCAGAGAUGGUCGGGCUCCUGCUCCUGCUCCCGCUGCUCCUGCUGCCCUUUGUCCUGUAUGUGGCUGCGCCCCAGAUCAGGAGGAUGCUGACCUCUGGGGUGUGUACAUCUACUGUCCAGCUUCCAGGGAAGGUAGCUAUAGUCACCGGAGCAAACACAGGCAUUGGGAAGGAGACAGCCAAAGAACUGGCUCAAAGAGGAGCCCGAGUAUAUCUAGCUUGCCGGGAUGUGCAAAAGGGAGAAUUGGUGGCUAAGGAGAUCAAAGGCUUGACCGGGAACCAGCAGGUGUUGGUGCGGAAACUGGACUUGGCUGAUACUAAGUCUAUUCGAGCCUUUGCCAAGGACUUCUUAGCAGAGGAAAAACACCUCCAUAUUUUGAUCAACAAUGCGGGAGUGAUGAUGUGUCCCUACUCUAAGACAGCGGAUGGCUUUGAGAUGCACAUUGGAGUCAACCACUUGGGUCAUUUCCUCCUGACUCAUCUGCUACUCGAGAAACUGAAGGAGUCAGCCCCAUCAAGAGUAGUAAAUCUGUCUUCUUUGGCCCAUUACUUGGGAAGGAUCCACUUCCAUAACCUGCAAGGGGAAAAGUUCUACAGUGCAGGUCUGGCCUACUGUCACAGCAAGUUAGCGAACAUUCUCUUCACCCGGGAACUGCACAGGAGGCUGAAGGGCUCAGGUGUAACAGGGUAUUCUGUUCACCCCGGCACAGUCAAAUCUGAACUGAUUCGGCACUCAACUGUCAUGAGUUUGAUGUGGUGGCUUUUUUCCUUCUUCAUCAAAACUCCUCAGCAAGGAGCCCAGACCAGCCUGUAUUGCGCCGUAACAGAAGGUCUUGAGAGUCUAAGUGGCAAACAUUUCAGUGACUGCCAAGUGGCAUGGGUUUCUUCCCAGGCUCGAAAUGAAACGGUAGCAAGGCGGCUAUGGGACGUCAGCUGUGACCUGCUGGGUCUCCCAGUGGAUUGAUGGGUCAUCAUGGUUAGACCCAAAAGAAGACAAUAGCAGAGAUGUAAUGUCCUCUGCGAAAAAUCUCCUCUCAAGGUGGCCAAAACUUUGACCACAAAGACCAGAACUUUCUAGCCUUGCUUGCUUCAUGUCCACUUCAAACCCAGUACACUGCCAGAUUUAUCCAGACUUAACUUUUUUCCUGUUACCUACCAGAGUUCCUAGCUAUGUCAUUGGAAAAGACACCCUUCCUAUGUCCAGCACAGCUCAUAGCUUCCUUCUGAGACCUAAUACCUAAAAACAUCAAACCUUUGGCAGGGUUGAUGUAUGAAGAUAUGGGCUAGUUUCUUCAUUCUUUAUUCACAACAUACUUCCUUACAUCCAACCAGUCUUCACUUUGAGUGACUUUGCAACCUCAGCUGAGUUCCACAAUUCACAGUGGCUGCAUCACCAACACUGGAAUUCUUUCAGGAAAACUUACUGCAUCUGGAUUGUGGCCUGGACUUACUACUUAUCCAGACAGCCCAACUCUACUGUGGUCCAGGCACUUUCCCAUGGCUAAACCACAGAAGAGCUUCCUUUCCUAAAAAGUUUGCGAAAUUUGAGGGAAGGCUGUCAUUUUCCUACAGUAUUCUCAGACCAAUAAGCAGAUAAAAUAAAAAGAGCAUUAUGAGAAGAUAGGCCUCUUGGCUUCAAACUGACCCCAGACCCAUGGAAACCUCCCUUUUGUGCCUUAGUCUCUCUUAGAAAACCAUAAAAAGAAAUGAAAGACUUUUCAGUCAUUGUAU